AUGUCUGUCAUUCUCCCCGAAUCUCAUCCAGAGCACCCGUUCAACCUCAUCCCGGAGCUCUGCCGCAGGUUUUACGACCUCGGCUGGGCCACCGGUACAGGCGGCGGCAUCUCCAUCAAGAUGGGCGACAACUAUUAUGUUGCCCCUAGCGGUGUGCAGAAGGAGCGUAUCAAGUCGAACGAGAUUUUCGUGUUAAACUCCAGCCAGGAUAUCGUCGAGGAACCGCGCACGGAUAAGCAACUAAAGAUGUCGGAGUGCACGCCGCUGUUCUUCAACGCCUACCGCAUGCGCAACGCUGGGGCGUGCUUGCACACGCACUCUGUGAAGUGCGUCCUCAUCAGCCUCCUGUGCGAUCGCGAGUUCCGCAUCUCGCACAUCGAGAUGCUCAAGGGCAUCUCCAACAACGAAACAAAAAAGGCGCUGGGGUUUCGCGACACCCUCAUCGUGCCGAUUAUAGAGAACACCGACUUUGAGAAGGACCUAACGGCCUCCAUGGCGGAGUGUAUGGAGAAAUAUCCGGAGUCAUGCGCGGUGCUCGUGCGCCGGCAUGGCAUGUAUGUGUGGUCCGACACCUGGCAGAAGGCGAAGGGUGCAGUGGAGUGCAUCGACUACUUGAUGGGUCUGGCCAUUCAGAUGAAGCAGCUGGGUCUUGAGUGGGAGCCAAAGGACGUCAAGUAA